UCUCCGCGGCGUCCCUCCGCUAGAGGAGGGGACCAAGCCAAUUCUCCUUUGCAGCAAAAAAUUACAUGUAUAUAUUAUUAAGAUAAUAUAUACAUCUGAUCUUAUUUUUUAAAAAAAAGUUUAUUUUGCUCCAUUUUUGAAAAAGAGGGAGCGUGGGUGGCGAGCGGUUUUUACAAAUUAUUCUUAUUUUCUGCUAUCUGUCCCCGUCCCUCCCCACCCCCUGCUGAAGCGACAAUAAGGGCAGGGACCGCGGCUCCUACCUAUCGGUAACCCCCUUACCCGUUCCUUCCCCGCCCCAACGCCCAGCACCGUGCCCUGCACACAGUAGGCGCUCAAUAAAUGUUCGUGGAUGAUGAUGAUGAUGAUGAUGAAAAACAUGCACCAUCAACGGCAGCAGCAAGCGGACCACGCGAACGAGGCAAACUAUGCAAGAGGCACCAGACUCCCUCUUUCUGGUGAAGGACCAACUUCUCAGCCGAAUAGCUCCAAGCAAACCGUCCUGUCUUGGCAAGCUGCAAUCGAUGCUGCCAGACAGGCCAAGGCUGCCCAAACUAUGAGCACCUCCGCACCCCCACCUGUGGGAUCUCUCUCCCAAAGAAAACGUCAGCAAUACGCCAAGAGCAAAAAACAGGGUAACUCGUCCAACAGCCGACCUGCCCGCGCCCUUUUCUGUUUGUCACUCAAUAACCCCAUCCGAAGAGCCUGCAUUAGUAUAGUGGAAUGGAAACCAUUUGACAUAUUUAUAUUAUUGGCUAUUUUUGCCAAUUGUGUGGCCUUAGCUAUUUACAUCCCAUUCCCUGAAGAUGAUUCUAAUUCAACAAAUCAUAACUUGGAAAAAGUAGAAUAUGCCUUCCUGAUUAUUUUUACAGUCGAGACAUUUUUGAAGAUUAUAGCGUAUGGAUUAUUGCUACAUCCUAAUGCUUAUGUUAGGAAUGGAUGGAAUUUACUGGAUUUUGUUAUAGUAAUAGUAGGAUUGUUUAGUGUAAUUCUGGAACAAUUAACCAAAGAAACAGAAGGCGGUAACCACUCCAGUGGCAAGUCAGGAGGCUUCGAUGUCAAAGCCCUCCGCGCCUUUCGGGUGUUACGACCACUUCGACUAGUGUCAGGAGUGCCCAGUUUACAAGUUGUCCUGAACUCCAUUAUAAAAGCCAUGGUUCCCCUCCUUCACAUAGCCCUUUUGGUAUUAUUUGUAAUCAUAAUCUAUGCUAUUAUAGGAUUGGAACUUUUUAUUGGAAAAAUGCACAAAACAUGUUUUUUUGCUGACACAGAUAUCCUAGCCGAAGAGGACCCAGCGCCAUGUGCGUUCUCAGGGAAUGGACGCCAGUGUGCCUCCAAUGGCACCGAGUGUAGGAGUGGCUGGGUUGGCCCAAAUGGAGGCAUCACCAACUUUGAUAACUUUGCCUUUGCCAUGCUCACCGUGUUUCAGUGCAUCACCAUGGAGGGCUGGACAGACGUGCUCUACUGGAUGAAUGAUGCUAUGGGAUUUGAAUUGCCCUGGGUGUAUUUUGUCAGUCUCGUCAUCUUUGGGUCAUUUUUCGUACUAAAUCUUGUACUUGGUGUAUUGAGCGGAGAAUUCUCAAAGGAAAGAGAGAAGGCUAAAGCCCGGGGAGAUUUCCAGAAGCUCCGGGAGAAGCAGCAGCUGGAGGAGGAUCUAAAGGGCUACCUGGAUUGGAUCACCCAAGCAGAAGACAUUGAUCCUGAGAACGAGGAAGAAGGAGGAGAAGAAAGCAAACGAAACACCAGCAUGCCCACCAGCGAGACCGAGUCGGUGAACACAGAGAACGUAAGUGGCGGAGGCGAGAACCAAGGCAGCUGUGGGAGUCUCUGGUGCUGGUGGAAAAGAAGAGGCACGGCCAAGGCUGGGCCCUCUGGGUGUCGGCGGUGGGGCCAAGCCAUCUCAAAAUCCAAGCUCAGCCGACGCUGGCGUCGCUGGAACCGCUUCAAUCGCAGAAGAUGUCGGGCUGCUGUGAAGUCUGUCACGUUUUACUGGCUGGUUAUUGUCCUGGUGUUUCUCAACACCUUAACCAUUUCCUCUGAGCACUACAACCAGCCUGACUGGCUGACGCAGAUUCAAGAUAUUGCUAACAAAGUCCUCCUGGCUCUGUUCACCUGCGAGAUGCUGGUAAAAAUGUACAGCUUGGGUCUCCAGGCAUAUUUCGUCUCUCUCUUUAACCGGUUUGAUUGCUUCGUGGUGUGCGGUGGAAUUACUGAGACCAUCUUGGUGGAGCUGGAGAUCAUGUCUCCCCUGGGGAUCUCUGUGUUUCGGUGCGUGCGCCUCUUAAGGAUUUUCAAGGUGACCAGGCACUGGACUUCCCUGAGCAACUUAGUGGCCUCCUUGUUAAACUCCAUGAAGUCCAUCGCUUCGCUGUUGCUUCUGCUUUUUCUCUUCAUCAUCAUCUUUUCCUUGCUUGGGAUGCAGCUGUUUGGUGGCAAGUUUAAUUUUGACGAAACGCAGACCAAGCGGAGCACCUUUGACAAUUUCCCUCAAGCCCUUCUGACAGUCUUCCAGAUCCUGACAGGGGAAGACUGGAACGCUGUGAUGUAUGAUGGCAUUAUGGCCUAUGGUGGCCCAUCCUCUUCAGGGAUGAUCGUCUGCAUCUACUUCAUCAUCCUCUUCAUUUGUGGUAACUAUAUCCUACUGAAUGUCUUCUUGGCGAUCGCUGUAGACAAUCUGGCUGAUGCUGAAAGUUUGAAUACUGCCCAGAAAGAGGAAGCUGAAGAGAAGGAGAGGAAAAAGAUUGCCAGAAAAGAGAGCCUGGAGAAUAAAAAGAACAACAAACCAGAAGUCAACCAGAUAGCCAACAGUGACAAUAAGGUUACAAUUGAUGACUAUCGAGAAGAGGAUGAAGACAAGGACCCCUACCCACCUUGUGAUGUGCCAGUAGGGGAAGAGGAAGAGGAGGAAGAGGAAGAUGAACCUGAGGUUCCUGCUGGCCCCCGUCCUCGCAGAAUCUCAGAGUUGAACAUGAAGGAGAAAAUCACCCCCAUUCCUGAAGGGAGCGCAUUCUUCAUUCUGAGCAAGACCAACCCGAUCCGCGUGGGCUGCCACAAGCUCAUCAACCACCACAUCUUCACCAACCUCAUCCUCGUGUUCAUCAUGCUGAGUAGCGCCGCCCUUGCCGCCGAGGACCCCAUCCGCAGCCACUCCUUCCGGAACACCAUACUGGGUUACUUUGACUAUGCUUUCACAGCCAUCUUUACUGUUGAAAUCCUGUUAAAGAUGGCGACUUUUGGAGCUUUCCUCCACAAAGGGGCUUUCUGCAGGAACUACUUCAAUCUGCUGGAUAUGCUGGUGGUCGGGGUGUCCCUAGUAUCAUUUGGGAUCCAAUCCAGUGCCAUCUCCGUUGUGAAGAUUCUGAGGGUCUUAAGGGUCCUGCGGCCGCUCAGGGCGAUCAACAGAGCAAAAGGACUUAAGCACGUGGUCCAGUGUGUCUUCGUGGCCAUCCGGACCAUUGGCAACAUCAUGAUCGUCACCACCCUUCUCCAGUUCAUGUUCGCCUGCAUCGGGGUCCAGUUGUUCAAGGGAAAGUUCUAUCGCUGUACAGAUGAAGCCAAAAGUAACCCCGAAGAGUGCAGGGGGCUUUUCAUCCUCUACAAGGAUGGGGAUGUUGAUAACCCUGUGGUCCGUGAGAGGAUCUGGCAAAAUAGUGAUUUCAACUUUGACAACGUCCUUUCUGCUAUGAUGGCGCUGUUCACGGUCUCCACAUUUGAGGGCUGGCCUGCGUUGCUGUAUAAAGCCAUCGACUCAAAUGGAGAGAACGUGGGCCCCGUCUACAACCACCGCGUGGAGAUCUCCAUUUUCUUCAUUAUCUACAUCAUCAUCGUUGCUUUCUUCAUGAUGAACAUCUUUGUGGGCUUCGUCAUUGUCACAUUUCAGGAGCAGGGAGAGAAAGAGUAUAAGAACUGUGAGCUGGACAAAAAUCAGCGUCAGUGUGUUGAAUACGCCUUGAAAGCACGUCCCUUGCGGAGAUACAUCCCCAAAAACCCCUACCAGUACAAGUUCUGGUACGUGGUGAACUCCUCGCCUUUCGAAUACAUGAUGUUUGUCCUCAUCAUGCUCAACACACUCUGCUUGGCCAUGCAGCACUACGAGCAGUCCAAGAUGUUUAAUGACGCCAUGGACAUUCUGAACAUGGUCUUCACUGGGGUGUUCACCGUCGAGAUGGUUUUGAAAGUCAUCGCAUUUAAACCUAAGGGGUAUUUUAGUGACGCCUGGAACACGUUUGACUCCCUCAUCGUAAUCGGCAGCAUUAUAGACGUGGCCCUCAGCGAAGCCGACCCAACUGAAAGUGAAAAUGUCCCUGUCCCAACCGCCACACCCGGGAACUCUGAAGAGAGCAAUAGAAUCUCCAUCACCUUUUUCCGUCUUUUCCGAGUGAUGCGGUUGGUGAAGCUUCUCAGCAGGGGGGAAGGCAUCCGGACGUUGCUGUGGACUUUUAUAAAGUCCUUUCAGGCACUGCCCUAUGUAGCCCUCCUCAUAGCCAUGUUGUUCUUCAUCUACGCGGUGAUUGGCAUGCAGAUGUUUGGGAAGGUUGCUAUGAGAGAUAACAACCAGAUCAACAGGAACAACAAUUUCCAGACCUUUCCCCAGGCGGUGCUGCUGCUCUUCAGGUGUGCCACGGGUGAAGCCUGGCAGGAGAUCAUGCUGGCCUGCCUCCCAGGGAAGCUCUGUGACCCCGAGUCGGACUAUAACCCUGGGGAGGAGUACACAUGUGGGAGCAACUUCGCCAUUGUUUAUUUCAUCAGUUUUUACAUGCUCUGCGCAUUUCUGAUCAUCAACCUGUUUGUGGCUGUUAUCAUGGACAACUUUGAUUAUCUGACCCGGGACUGGUCUAUUCUGGGGCCUCACCAUUUAGAUGAAUUCAAAAGAAUAUGGUCAGAAUAUGACCCUGAGGCGAAAGGAAGGAUAAAACACCUCGAUGUGGUCACUCUGCUCCGCCGCAUCCAGCCUCCCCUGGGUUUUGGGAAACUAUGCCCACACAGAGUAGCCUGUAAGAGACUAGUGGCCAUGAACAUGCCUCUCAACAGUGAUGGGACGGUCAUGUUUAAUGCAACCCUGUUUGCUUUAGUUCGAACGGCUCUUAAAAUCAAGACGGAAGGGAACCUGGAACAAGCUAAUGAAGAACUCCGAGCUGUGAUCAAGAAAAUCUGGAAGAAAACCAGCAUGAAACUGCUUGACCAAGUUGUCCCUCCAGCUGGUGAUGAUGAGGUAACCGUGGGGAAGUUCUAUGCCACUUUCCUGAUACAGGACUACUUUAGGAAAUUCAAGAAACGGAAAGAACAAGGCCUGGUGGGAAAAUACCCUGCGAAGAACACCACCAUUGCCCUACAGGCAGGAUUAAGGACACUGCAUGACAUUGGGCCAGAAAUCCGGCGUGCUAUAUCAUGUGAUUUGCAAGAUGACGAGCCGGAGGAAACAAAACGAGAAGAAGAAGAAGAUGUAUUCAAAAGAAAUGGUGCCCUGCUUGGAAACCAUGUCAAUCAUGUUAAUAGUGAUAGGAGAGACCCCCUUCAGCAGACCAAUACCACCCACCGUCCCCUGCAUGUCCAAAGGCCUUCAGUUCCACCUGCAAGUGAUACUGAGAGACCGCUGUUUCCUCCAGCAGGAAAUUCGGGGUGUCAUAGCCAUCAUAACCAUAAUUCCAUAGGAAAGCAAGCUCCCAGCUCAACAAAUGCCAAUCUCAAUAAUGCCAAUAUGUCCAAAGCUGCCCCUGGAAAGCGGCCCAGCAUGGGGAACCUUGAGCAUAUGUCUGAAAAUGGGCAUCACUCCUCCCACAAGCAUGACCGGGAGCCUCCAAGAAGGUCCAGUAUUAAAAGAACCCGCUAUUAUGAAACUUACAUUAGGUCUGACUCGGGGGAUGAGCAGUUCCCCACUAUCUGCCGGGAAGAUCCAGAGAUCCGUGGCUACUUCAGGGACUCCUGCUGCUUGGAGGAGCAGGAGUAUUUCAGUGGUGAGGAGGGCUUCGAGGAUGCCUGCUCCCUGACCGGGGCCAGGCAAAACUACAGCUACUACAGCCGAUACCCAGGUGGCAGCUGGGACUUCGAGCGGCCCCGAGGCUACCAUCACCCCCAAGGCUUCCUGGAGGAUGAGGACUCGCCUGUUCGCUAUGAUUCCCGGAGAUCUCCAAGGAGACGCCUACUACCUCCCACCCCAACAUCCCACCGGAGAUCCUCCUUCAACUUCGAGUGCCUGCGUGGGCAGAGCAGCCAGGAGGAGGUCCCGCCGUCCCCCGCCUUCCCCCACCGCACAGCCCUGCCUCUGCACCUGAUGCAGCAACAGAUCAUGGCAGUUGCGGGCCUGGAUUCCAGUAAAGCCCAGAAGUACUCACCAAGCCACUCAACCCGGUCAUGGGCCACCCCUCCGGCGACCCCUCCGUACCGGGAUUGGACGCCGUGCUAUGCGCCCCUGAUCCAGGUGGAGCGGCCAGAGGCCCUGGACCAGGUCAACGGCAGCCUGCCGUCCCUGCACCGGAGCUCCUGGUACACGGACGAGCCUGGCAUCUCGUACCGAACGUUCACACCAGCCAGCCUGACUGUCCCCAGCAGCUUCCGCAACAAGAACAGUGACAAGCAGAGGAGCGCAGACAGCUUGGUGGAGGCGGUCCUGAUAUCUGAAGGCUUAGGACGGUAUGCAAGGGACCCAAAAUUUGUAUCGGCAACAAAACACGAAAUCGCCGAUGCCUGCGACCUGACCAUCGACGAGAUGGAGAGUGCAGCCAGCAACCUGCUCAACGGGACGGUGCAUCCCCGGGCCAACGGGGGCGUGGGCCCUGUCUCCCACCGGCAGGACUAUGAGCUCCAGGACUUCGGGCCAGGCUACAGCGAUGAAGAGCCCGACCCCGGAAGAGAUGAGGAGGACCUGGCAGAUGAAAUGAUCUGCAUCACCACCCUGUAGCCCCCAGGGAGGGGCAGACUGGCUCUGGCCUCAGGUGGGGCACCAGAGGGCCAGGGAAAAAGUGCCUCGUAGUUAGGAAAGGUUAGGCACUAGUGUGGAGUCCAUAUUCAAUUAGACUUUUGUACAAGUGAUGUCAUGCCUCACGGAAGCCAUAAACCUGGUAGGGGACAGCCCUGCUCCCGUGCCCAGCCUCAGCUGUGGGAAGCAGCAGGUCCAGCCCUCAGAGGGGAGGACCCGUGAGGAGGUGGGACAAGCCCUGCCCACUUGUCCAGGGCGCCCCCGGGGCUCUCCCCUGCGCCCACCCACCUGCUGGCACGGUGGGGAAGGUCAAGGUGAUGACGAUCACCACACCUGUGUCAUUACCUCAGCCAUUGGUCUAGCAUAUCAGACAUUCACUGGGCCCAGCAUAUCCAUUUUUAAACCCUUUCCUCCCAAACACACUGCUUCCUGGUUUCUGUUUGGCUGUUCUGAAAUACAGUGUGUGAAUCAGGACCUACCUACCAGCCGUCAUCUGGAGAGGGGAGCAGGACCUUAUACAUGAGGUUUUCUGUUAUGUGACCCCAGUUUACAAAAGAGAGUGUCACUCAGUCGGUUUCUGACUGUCAGCUCAAGGGCAACUGUAAACUGGAAUAAUCAUGCACUCGCAACCAGGUAAACUUAGAUACGCUAGUUUGUUUAAAAAUUAUAGAUUUACUGUACAUGACUUGUAAUAUACUAUAAUUUGUAUUUGUAAAGAGAUGGUCUAUAUUUUGUAAUUAUUGUACCGUAUUUGAACUGCAGCAAUAUCCAUGGGUCCUAAUAAUUGUAGUUCCCUGAAAUCUAGGUAUUAUUAGCAUUUUUACUCGGGCUGUACAGAAGUAGGAGAAAUAGAGCCAAUUCUCAUCUAUUCCGUAAAAAUCUUUUGGGGAUGAAAUUUUAAGUUCAAAAGAACUUGACGCUAGAGAUUUUUUCUAAAAAAUAUUUUGAGUCACUCUAAAUCUACCUUUACACAAGAUAUACCAGAUGACUCCUUAACAACCUUUACUUUGGGCAAGAGUUCCAGGAUUUGACAGUGUACCUUCGGUCCACCACGGGCCGCACCUGUCUUUGAUUUUACUGACCCUCUGAUAAGCUCAUCCCGUCGGUCGAGCUGGUGACUCUGACCCUGUGGCAUUCACAGCGGCAUCCCCGCUGCCCACACAAGACCUUUUUUGCAUCUCUGGUGUAGAAAGAAUCGCACGGGGGCAUGAAGUCCCUCUGCCCCCGCUCCCUGAGGAUGGAUGCUGCUGCCGGUCUCUAAAUAGGGGUGCUGGGGAAGGGGGGGGCGGAGGGGCAAAGCGGUGAUCUGCAGGCUUAGAAUGUCGGGUCUGUUCGAUUUGUAUUGUUGCCUUUUCACACAACACUGCUUUACUGUGUGUUCUCUUUGAGGGCUUUUAUAUGCAACUGAAUGAGGGCUGAAGUUUUCAUUAGAACAUUUGCACGGUCUGGCUGUGCUUCCUGAUGAAAACCCACUUGACCACGAGACCCACCAAGGCUUCCCUUUCUGUUCAAGGAAUCAUGCCGACUUUGUCAAGUUACCUUGGCAGGGAUUCCCUGCAGUCAAAAAAAAGAAGACAAUUAGCAGGUUUUUGGUUCAAAAUUUUUAAAUAUUACCUAGACAACCUGUUAAUGUUUUGGGUUUGUUUUUUGUUUUUUGGGUUUUGUUUUUUUUUUUUUGUAAAUAACAAUACUUUGUUAUGAAGACCUUACAAACCUCUUCUUAAGACAUUCUUACUCCAGAUCCAGGCAAAAACACUUGAAGGUUUGUAAAUGACUAUUUCCUGACAUAAAUUUUUUUUAAUUAAAAUGCAAAAUGUUCUUCAGAAUAAAACUGUGUAAUAAUUUUUACGGGGUGAGGGAGCUCUUGCUGCAAAGAGCUGGUGUGGGCCGGUGAGCGCUCCGGAAGGGGCGGGCACUCGGUGAGGGCAGCUCUGGGACUGGGUAGCUUCUCUUAUCCUCAGCUCUCCCUCCUUGAGGCCCAUGGUCACUCAGCACCAGCUGCAGAGAGAGCACGGUUUCUCCUCAAGGGCUAAGCCACUGUCCCCGUCACCUCUGCUGGGCAUUGUUCUGUGUGGCUUCUCAGCAGCAGUCCUACCAGGAUGGGUUUUUCUGGCGCAGGCCGCCAUUUUUCCCUGUUGGUACUUACAAACUGGCACGCAUCCAGGCUGCGCCAGUCCUAACAGGCCUGCGUUCAACCUCCCAUCUACCAUGAAAAUGUUCUUUUUAAGACCCAGUUUGAAGUUGUCGAGCCACGGGGUGGUGUUUUGCUUUUGUUUUUUUUCCCCCUUUUGCUUCAGGAAAGUUGUAAGAUGAACUCUCUCCUGUUUGGCCUCCCUCCCAACCCCCUAAAAAAGGUCAUUUUGUUGUGUCCCCAGGAAUAGUACAUUUGGUUUUGCGUUUUUUGGUAUCACAAAUGGAAAGGGCAGCUCUGAUUGAACGCCCAACCAGCAGGAACCUUGUUAACAGCCUUUUCUCCGGUUUCUAUCCAGACGGCCAGGCCAGACGGGGCUUUCCAGCUCUAUUCCCCCGUUUUGGAGCCUGGUUGAAGCCAGGAAGCUUCUCGGUUCACGGUGUGGGCUUUACCUGCCUUACUGCUGACCCCACGUUUGUGAAAGGAACCAGGGUAGUUUACUUCACACUGUUUAUAUUUUAUGGUCUUCAGUGUCCUUGCCAAUGGUCUGUUUUCCUACAAAGCUUUCCAUUGUUAUGACGGACUGUAGGUUUGUUCUAAAAACCGGUCAGCGACAGAGCUCCAGUUCCUUCCCUGACUCAAAAACAGACACCGGCGAGGCUUGCAUGUGUUGACAAAGUGAGAAGGCAGGAGAAUGGGGAGCAGGCCUGGGGCCCCUGCCUCCAACGUGGGAGCACCAGCGAGAGCGGCCUCGUGGCCCUUGAUGGCGGCAGGAGAGAGGACUGGGGAGGCUGCUCGGCUCUCAAGACGGGGCUGGUGGAGAGGGCGUGCGCUUUCUUUUGGUUUUUUAAGAGAAAAGGAUGUAGGUAUUAGAUCUGAUGUUAAGUUGGUGGAGACAGGAAACAGCCUUUGUGGGGAGGAAGAGGGUUUGGCUGGAGACAGGCUCUAUUUGCAUUUAUGGAAAUGAGGAUUCCCACAGUCAGCCCUGGAAGCAGGAAGACUGGGCAUCCAGGAGCCAGGAGCCGGGUACUAGGGCCUGCCGUUUUCUGGUCCAGCUGCCGGCAGGCUAAUCUUCCAGCUGUGCCUUCUGUCCCCCGUUCAACCCAGAAGACCCUUCUGCUUGUGCAGCAGCUGGAACACAUAGGCUUCUUCGAAGGGGUCCAUGCUGGGAGCCUGAUCCAGGUACAUACACAGCUCAGUUACACGUUUUCAACCAUUGUUUGCAAAGUACAUUCUUCCAUUUGUUCGUAUCACGGGCUCUUCGCUAAGGGGCUUAAAUAAGCUUCCUCCCAGGGCUGAGUGCUGACUUGGUGUCUGGGUGCCCCAAGGGCUGCCUGACCCAAUGGGCACUCUUCUCCCCUCUCUGGCUUCCUCAGCCAACAGCCCUCUUUUCUGAGGUCCAGGGUUCCCUCAUGGCAGUGGAACUUGGUGACAGCCUGCUGCAGCGACACAGGCCAAGGUUCCACUCUGCCAGACGGCUGCAUGCUCACCUGUCAGGGCUCGAGCAAGCAGCCACACAUAAGUUCAAUAUUCUGCCCUGUGGCUGAACCCCAACAGCACAGUGUUCUGCUCUGACUUCUGUGGGCCCUGGGUGUAGAACACGUACCGUCUUCUCUUCUGAGAACUCAUUUCUGCACAUGGCUAAAUUGUGUGAUUGUAUGGAACAAGGCUCAGUGACCAAGAGUAGGGGAGGGGCCCAGAUGUCAUCCGGCCAUACAGCAUGACGCACCUCCUCUGACGAUAGGUCAUUCUGCUUAUGAUGCAGGCACAGUAGCAAACCAGCCGCUGUCCCAGAGACCGAGACCACCGCAGCACACAGAGACAGACCACGGAACGGCAUGGCUGUGCCACGGCCACACUCAGGCCUGGGACCCCUCUACCCACCCAACUUGCUACUCGUUGGCCCUCCGAGCCGGAGUCGGUGGGGGUGGGGGGGUUGGGGCCCGCACUGCCCCACUGUUCUUUCAGCCCUGCAGGUGGCGCCGGGGCCCCGAGGAUGGUGGAUGUGGACCACGGCUGCGGGACAGAUGGGGAAGCUCUCUUGGAACAGAAAAUAAAGAGGCAGGUAAGAUGAAACCAGAGCUACUUCAGAUUUGUGAAGGAAGGAGGGGUGUGAUGGUUUUCUUCUUCCCAUCUUUCUGGAAGGUCUUUCUCACAAUGGCAAGUUGUGGCUGUCUGGCCUCCAAGUCAUCUCAGUCCACUCUGGUCCUGGGCGAAGGCUGGCAUGCCCCCCUUUCCCUCCCCUCCUUGUUCCAGGGCAGGUUUCCAGAGCACAAGUCUUUCCUCCCCUGCCGCAGAUGGUGGCUUCGGAGCUCUUCAACCCAAAAUUCAUUUAGUUUUCAUUACCUUGUAAGAAUAGUCUGGCUAAGGCAUCUCCAUUCAAAACUCAGUUACUGGAUUAAGUUGUUGAAUUAUAGGAAGUUUAAAGAUCAAAGAGCUAUUUUAAAUACUACUUGUAUCUGGUUCCCCCCCGCCCCCCCAAACUCAAAUCUUUGCCCAUUUAUUUUCACGGGAUCAGGUAUAUAGUGUGAUUCGACUGUUUUUUUUUCCAUCAGCCUUGGCUCCAUCCCAGUCUGUUCCCAUGGAUGGCUGCGGAAUACGGAUUAGCCAGCUUCAUCCACUGUGAGUCGCCUCCCCAGGCUGACAGGAAAGCAUCCUCUUGGACUAGCCGCUUUGGCUUGGAGCAGAGGUCUGGUCUGUGGGGUUUGCUCUAGGUUUCUAGGUUUCCCUGGUAACAGGAAAAUCAUUUAAAAUGCUAAAUCAGGAAACCUAUCACAGUGAAGAGACUCUCCAGAUUCUUCUCUGAACAAGGUCCAGAAAUCGAGCUGUUGUUUAGUAAGAAUCAGAGCAUUGGAGAGGUGGGCCCUCAGAGUGACCCAACUGGGAGGGGACUCAGGAAGCAGAAGAGAAAGAAGCCUGUGUUUCUUCAGGCAGGCAGCCUUCCCUCUGAACGGGGACACGGGAGGCUUAGGCACGGGCCUCAGCUGCAGCUGGCAGCCUGAGGCAGAGGAUGCCCCCCACCGCAAGAACCCCGUGCCGUCUAGCCAGCACCCAGCCUCUGGAAUGGCUUGCUUUAAUUAAAAGGGAGCCCUGGGAGAGAACCACUUCCCUCAUGUCCGACCAAGACCCUGGGUUGCAGAGUGCCAUGGAGUUUAAGAUAAGGCCAUGGUGGGAGUUAGCCAUACUCUUCCACUGCCCUGCCCCCCAGCCCCCUCUACUGCCCCUUCAGGAGGUGGGGCGGGGGGGGGGGGGGGGCGCGCCCACAGGAAAAUGCUGGGGAAAAGAAACCUGUUUCACUGCCUGAUACCGGUCUCCCAGCCUAAGCAAU